UUUCUUUUUCUUCUUUUCCACUAUCAGAGGACAUACAUGCAUUUCAUCUGAUUGAGCCUUUUGCUUGAUUUAUUUUGGCAUUUCAAGGACACAUUUCAAGGUCUAGAGAUGGCACCGAAACGAGAACCGUCAAUUAAAAAGUCUCCAUCAGGGGGGACGUUACCAAGGCACGGACCACCGUUUCCUUGCCCCACCACAACACCGUCACCACCAAAAUCAGCUCCAGAGUUGAAACCGAGAAUGCUGCGCCCUUCAGAUUCCCCCUUUGACCCCAGCACAUUAGAGAUUGAGUUUAACUUGGAGCAAAUACAUGAAUUCAAAGAAGCCUUCCUCCUGUUUGACCGGACGGGAGAUGGGAAGAUCACAUACAAUCAGUGUGGGGAUGUGAUGCGUGCGCUGGGCCAAAACCCUGUAAAUGCUGAGGUGCUCAAGGUCUUGGGCAACCCAAAAGCAGAAGAAAUGAACCAUAAACUGCUGGACUUCGAGCAGUUUCUGCCCAUGCUCCAGGCCAUCGCCAAGAACAAAGACCAGGGCACGUUUGAGGACUUUGUGGAGGGGCUUAGAGUAUUUGACAAGGAAGGCAACGGCACAGUCAUGGGUGCUGAGCUCCGCCACGUUCUCACCACACUGGGGGAAAAGAUGACCGAAGAGGAGGUAGAAACACUUCUAGCAGGACAUGAAGAUGCUAACGGUUGCAUCAAUUACGAAGCCUUCGUUCGCCACAUCAUGUCUGGUUGAGAGAUGCCUCUGGUAGCUCGUCCGCAUGGUCAUGAGCGGUUGAAGAUAAAGACCACAUCCAUUUGUUUGUCUUAUUUUCUAUGUAAUAAUUUCUGUGUAUUUUUUUUUCUUCUUCCUAUUCAUUCCCUCACCUUCAUUUGCUUAGUGGCUCCAGUCGUUUUUCUUGUGUGUGUGCACUCAUUUGGGUAUUAUUAUUAGAAGUGCCUUUAUCUUCUUUAAGUUCCCAUAUGACUCCCCAAGAGAUAGAGCUCCUGUCCUGUGGUAUUCAAACCAUAUAGCGAUAUGAAAAAGAUCUCUUGUGUGCUGAAGCGCUCUGCAAUAAAAGCUCUUGAUGCAGCACAUAUCGGCAGCGUGUACGCAAUAUCUAGUGUAUCCUCAGGCAUCUCUGCUGAACUGUGCUGGAGUAGAAAUGUCGUGUCUGGCCAGAUGUUUGUUUUUGGCCUUUUCACAGUAACUUUUUCAAUUUGAGAAAUUAUGUACCAGAAAGGCAAUAACAUUUUGUUUUAAUUAACUCGGAAUGUUUUCGCGGUCCAAUAAAGUACAUUUUAAACAAA